CGACGCGAUUCCCUCUGCGUUAUAGACGGCUGCAUGAUGUUCGGAGAACGCGUUUUAGUGCCCAAGUCACCAGGCUUGCGGAUUCUUCGUCAAUUUAAAACUGGCCAUCCCGGCAUCAGUUGCGUGAAGUCUAUCACCCGCUGUUACGCUCACCAGCCAAAAAUGGAUCAGCAAAUUGCAGACCUAGUCAAGAGUUAUCGCCAAUUCCAGCAGGCCACCAAGACCAUGGCACGAAACAUGGAUUGA